AUGGUUGCUCAUGAUAAUGAAGGAUUCAAUCCGCCUGAUCGAACAGAAUACACGCCCGUCGCAACGCAAAACACUGCAUCAGAAGACUCCAUCAACGGAAAUGGAUUUGGCGAGAGUGAUGUCGCCCUCAUUUCGCGCCAGAAGAAGCCCCCACAGUUCUCCAAUCUGCAGAAGUAUGGCACGCUUUUGGUACUCUUCGCGAUCAACAUGCUCAACUACAUGGACAGAUUUACAAUCGUGGGCGUUCUUGCCGCCGUAAAAAGCGAAUUCCAGAUUGACAAUAAGCGCGCCGGUCUCUUGCAGACGGCUUUUAUGAUCAGUUACAUGUGUCUCUCCCCUGUGGUAGGCUACCUGGGGGAUCGAUACAACCGAAAAGUCAUCAUCAUUUUGGGAACUCUCUUCUGGGUUUUUGCCGUUUUCUUUUCAUCCUUCAUCAAUGGCCCUGAAAACUUCUGGUGGUUCGUCAUCACCCGAUGUCUCGUCGGCAUUGGCGAGGCGAGUUACAGUUGCAUUGCGCCAACUAUCAUUACAGACAUGUUCGAGCCAGAGCGAAGAAAUAAUGCAGUUUCUUUCUUUGUCAUCGCCAUUCCUGUUGGAUCUGGCGUUGGUUUUAUUACUGGUAGUCAGAUGGUGAAUCUAGCCAAGAAAAUGGGCUGGGGAGGAUGGGAAUGGUCUCUCCGAGCGACUCCUCCUCUUGGCCUUCUUUGCGUUCUUCUUCUUUGGAUCAUCAUGCCACGAACAGUUCCCCGAGGAAGCUCAGAUGGCGUCAUGAACGAGAAAGAUACUGGUUACGCUGAAGAUCUCAAAUACUUGCUUCGCAACCGAUCCUGGUGCCGCAUUACUGCUGGUUUUAUCGGCGUUAGUUUCUCCAUCGGUGCACUCUCAUACUGGUUCCCACAGUUUAUCGCCUCUGCAUACGUCCUUCGAGGAGAAAUCAAGCCCUGCGUCACCUCUGAUUGCGAAUACUCCGAUAUCAUGUUCAAAUUCGGCCUCAUCACCACCAUUUCCGGACUUGGAGGCGUCGCCAUCGGCUUGUUUUCCUCUAACAAGUUAAAAUCGAAUCCUGAUCGACCAAAGACGGGAGAUGCGGAGAUCUGCGGAAUGGGACAAUUCGUUCUUGGGUUCUUUACAUUCAUCGCCCUCUUCAGCUGCUUGAAAAGCGCGAAUUUGACCUGGUUCUGUGGUUUUACCGCGCUCAUCGGAGGAUGCGUCAAUUGGGCGCUCAUGGUGAACAUGACGAUGGAAACUUGCGUGCCCAAACGAAGAGCCACAGCUAACGCGGUUCAGAUGUUCCUUGGACAUGCCCUAGGCGACGCUAUUUCCCCAGCUUUAAUCGGCAUCAUGGCAGAUGGCAUGACCGAAGCCCGCGGCUUUUCCGCCGAUACUGAACCAUUCCUCCUUGGCUACCACGCUCUUCAGUACAGUAUGCUCAUGUGCCCGCUUAUGUCACUCUUUGGCGGAGCCAUGUUCCUCUGGACUGGUCUUUCCAUGGUCGAAGAUCGAGAGAACGUGGAGAGGUACAUCCGAGCGGGCGGGGACGAGAGUGCCCUGAUCAGCGGGGGCUCGAGCCGAACAUCGUCCAGCAACGACAGUCAUAACAGUUCUUCAUUCCGUCGAAGGUGA